UGCUUAGGGCGGGUUCAGUGGUUUGUUCAGACUUCCUUUACCAGUGUGUUGUUGCACAGCACACACAGAGCUCAGUUGACUGCCACGGAUGAAGGAUUUGUUUUUUUUCCCCUAAGAUAUCCUUUAAAUUUCUUCAACUUUUAUUAAAAAUGAUGUGGUCAUGGAUUUUUAUUGGCCUUACCUUCAUCUCCAAGCUGCAUGGGUAUUCAGAAGGAAACUUCCCAGAGGUGUGUGAGUCAAUGAGACCUCAUCAUGGUCGUGGUGGGGCAGAGAGUCUUCCUCAGACAUCUGAACCCCCCUUCAUGGUUAGUUACCAGCUCAGCAGUAACGUUGGAGACCCAAUCACAGUUUCCCUCAAGAGCAAGAACAGUUUCACAUUUAAGGGAUUCAUGCUGGAAGCUCGUAACCCGAGUUUAAAUGGUGACGGUCCCCCACUUGGGAAAUUUAUCAUGCUUGACUCUAGCCAGUCGAGGCUCCUGAAAUGUGGCAAUUCACAGGACUCAGCUGUGAGUAAUGCACUCAAUCUGCGCAAAACAUUAGUCAAAGUUAACUGGACCGCAGACGGAGACGAGCAAGACAUCAUAUUCAGAGCUACUUUCAGUGAAUCAUACUCAAAGUACUGGGAACGUGUGAAUGUAGCAGUACUCAGACCCACAAGCACUCCAAAACCAGAGACAAUAACUGCAACAACAACAACUCCAGCAACAACAACUGAAGCAACAACUGCAGCAACAACAACAAUUGCAGCAAUGACAACUGCAGCAGCAACAACAACUGGGCAGCAACAAUAA